GUUGCACUCACUCUGGACUCCUUUGUCUGCUGUUAUCCGUUUCUAUGUUAAAUGCGUAUUUUUUUUUGCUUUAUCGAGUAAAUAUAGGCCUACAUGGUAUAGCCUAAUUAUAAUAUAUUAUAAAACCUAACCCUAAUAUGUCCGAAGGAAUGCAACCUUUUUACUUGAGGAAUUUGGACAGCCUAACACUGACAUUUCUCAGUUCUUUUCCAUUUGUAUAUUUCAUCCAUUUUUUGCUGUCUGCAGAAGUCCCUGCUGUCCUUCAAUGAUUGCUUUAAACUCCAAGCAUGAUAAUUUAAAGUUGCUAAGUAAUUAGAUAAGCUUCAUAUUUCUUCUACCAAUCAAAUAAAAAUAUAGACGUAGUCAAUCGUCGCUGUGUUUUACCCGUUUUAAUCCAUUUAUGGACACGGUAUAAACAUGACCAGGAAGAAAAAAGAAUAGCGGUAGAAGGAAAUUUACCAAAGUUUUAUUUGAAGCUACGAAACUGUAAAUCAGACGUACAGUUUCACAAAAACCUGGGACAAUUCGUGUCCCGGGAAAAAAUAUUACUUUUCUGGGACAAUUCUGUAGUUUGUUUAAUAUGUAUAUUAUUAAAUGCGAUCAACAUGUUGCUUGAACUAGAGUUAGUUCAGAAAUCAGACGGAGUUCUUCGCAGCCCUCAACAAGAAAAUCGGUUUUGGAUUUACAGUAAAAACGACGUGUUUUAAUAAUUAACCAUUAUAGUGUACUCUGCUUGUAAUAGUCCUGGCCUAUAAAUGCUUCCAACCUGGUAAUAUUGUUUUCGUACAACAUUCACUCUGCGAUUAAAGCAAUCCAAGGAUAACCUGAGAACUAUUCGUUUAACUUACCGUCUGACCUUGCUCUGACACAAAAUCGAGACUUUGCCCUCUCAUAGCACACUCAAGGGAUAUAUGUACCUUGUUUUCUAGCGGCAGUUCGGGAGAGAGAAAAUACUUGCUUACCUGACUUACUGCUUCUCUAAAAUAUAUUUAUAUUUGGAAAAAAUUCUGUGGAAUAUUUAGUCAUUUGAGUGUUUCAGCUGUAGUGAAGAUCGGUUAGCCUUCAAGUUUCUGCAAUUCAGAGACGAAGAGCUAUGUUAUCUGUAACCUUCUUGCUGGCCUUGGUGUCCAUGGCUGUAUCUCAGAAGGACCUGCUGAACAUGUGCAUGGACGCUAAGCAUCACAAGACAGAGCCGGGGCCAGAGGGACUCCUUUAUAAGCAAUGCUCACCCUGGAAGGAUAACGCCUGUUGCACAGCCAACACUAGUGAACAGGCUCACAGUGACAACUCCUACCUGUACAACUUUGAGUGGAACCACUGCGGGAUUAUGUCAGAGGCCUGCAAGAAGCAUUUCAUCCAGGACACCUGCUUCUAUGAGUGCUCCCCUCACCUCGGGCCUUGGGUUCAGAUGGUUGACCAGAGCUGGCGAAAGGAGCGGAUACUGAAUGUGCCUCUGUGCCGGGAGGAUUGUGAGACUUGGUGGGAAGACUGUAAGGAUGACUUCACCUGCAAGGAAAACUGGCAUGUCGGCUGGGACUGGACUACAGGUAGGAAUAGGUGUCCCUCUGCUUCCACGUGCCAGCUGUUCAGCACCGUGUUCCCCACGGCUCAGAACCUGUGUGAGAAGAUCUGGUCCAACUCAUACAAGUACACCACCUACGCCAAAAGCAGCGGCAGAUGCAUGCAGAUGUGGUUCAGUGAGGGGACAAACCCUAACAAGCAGGUGGCUGAAUAUUACAUCAGAAAUGUCUCGCCGAUCAUGGUGGCCACCACUGCACUCUUGUUUGCAGCAUUAUUACUGACACUGUUUUUCUAAAUUAAAUUAUUUAUCCAUAAAUCACACAGAAAGCAUGCAGUGUCUCACUUUUUGUACAAACUUUGGUAUUAAAUGAUUCAAGAUAUCUGGCUGAUACCGUCGCUUUAAAUUUGCCAGUGUAUCGAACUGUGAACACCUUCACAAGCAGCCUGCAUGGGGAGAGAUUAUAUCAUGAGCAAUGUCACAGUCGCUUCAGGAGCAUAGGAGAGACACAUAAUUACUUUCUUCAGCCUCUUACUCUGCUUAGUCUCUUAGCUUCUUUGAUAUGUAUCAUUCAUUUAUGCCACUUUCCACAUCACGUGUGCAAUAUGUGUGAUUGUAUGCACAAUUAUCUUGUUAUUGUAUUGUCUCCGUUAGUCUUUUCUUUGGUUUGUUUAUUUUUAGGGUGUUGCAACAAGUAAAUUUCCCUGGUGUGGUCUUAUCUAGCUCCUGAAAUCCCUCUGAAAUGUCUAACUGGUUUAUCAUCUUUCCAUCGUAAACAUGCAAGUAUGACCAAUUGUACCAUUAAAACUGAAUUAGAACAUCUGGGACUGUGCAGGACAAAGAAAUAAUAAAAAAGCUUUUCUGUGUGUGA